AUGCGGAAAAUCACAGAGGCUGCCUCGCGCACACUCACAAAGCAGCUCACGGGCCUGUUCAAGUCCCCCCAGAAGCAUGCCGUCAACAUCGUCUCCCCCACACUCUGCGAACAGGCAAUCUCCCGUCUCGACCUCAGCGCCUACAAGAACCCCAUCCUCAUCGACAUGUCCCCCGGCAUCUGCACCUGGUCCGCCGCCCUGCACGACGCCCUCCAACCCCGCGCACACAUCCUCCUCGAGCCCGAAAAGGAAUACAAGCCCUGGAUCGACGACUUCCAAUCCACACGGCCCAACAUCUACUGGCUCCCCGAGCAAGGCGACCGCUGGAGCCUCUACAUGAGCAUGUUCGGUCUCUCCACGCCGCCAGCCAAGUGGCCCGCCGACUACCCCAACCUCACGCCGCGCACCGUCCCGCCCGAGGACGGCGUCAACCCCGACAUCAUCUUCACCGGCAACCUGUCCGAGAGCGAGAAGCUCAACAGCCGCCUCCUCGCGCAGCUGAUCGCCACGAUCCCGCGCGAGCGCUGGCUCAUGACGUUUGGCCGGGUGCGCUUCCUCACGUGGAUCCUGGACGAGACAAAGGUGCGGUACCUCCCGCGCACGAUCGCGAGCAGGAUCAGGGCCACAGUGAUGGCCGAGGCCGUGUGCGACGUGACAGAGGUGGCGAGCUCAAACACCAUCACCACGGGGCGGGGCCAUCCAAAGGCGUCGGUGUUCAAGACGGACGCGGACGGGAACCUGGUGGUUGAGCCGUUGGAGGAGGCGCCGCCCGUAGACGCGGAUGCGCCGCCGCCGCCAAGGAAGUGCGGCCGCCCAAAAGGGUCGGGGAAGAAGCCGCCGAAACUCACGGCAAACGGGGAACCAGAACAAGAAAUCGAAAAACCCCCCGCGCCCCCGCGCAAAAGGAAGAAGCCCCCCAAGGAGGGGCAGGAGGAGCAGGAGAAGGAGGCGGAGGAGAAGAAGAAGAAGGAGAAGGAGGAGGAUAUGGACUUUAGCGUCCCGCAACCCCUCAAAAAACUCAUCGCCCGCGUCGAACGCGGCGCCGACCCCAACAGCACCCUCAAACUCCCCUUCCCACUCAUCACCGCAACGCUCAACGCACUGCAAGCACACUACACCCCCACCGCCCCACGCAUCAGCUCCGACGCCGAACUCCCCUCCCUGCGCGCGCUCGCGCGCGACCUGCACGCCCAGAAACUCACCAAGCAGCACACACACGCACUCUCCAUCCUCACCGCGCGGCUCAAGGACUGCGACAAGAACUACAAAGAGUCCCUCCGCAAGCUGACACAGCGUCUGACGGAGUACCUCACGGACCCCGCGACGCGCGACACGUGGCUCGAGGGCAUGGAGCACCCCGCGUGGUACUACCACGGGGGCGAGGACGACGUGCGCGGUCUCGCCGAGGCGCUGAUCCGCAAGCGGCGCGGCAGCCAGGCGGACCCGCACUCGCGCAUGGGGCGCCACGCGGUGCGCGCCGCGCAGUUCGACGACAGCCUGUUUGCGGCGCUGGAGCGCAGCGAGGAGACGGCGCCGCCGGCGAAGGCGCAGGGCGGCGAGGUGGUCAAGAUGAUUGCGGACUAUAAUCGGAACUGGGAUGCGCAGGGGAAGGAUCCCGCGUGCGAUAUUAGGGACGAUGAGAUCUUUAGCUAUGAGAAUAAGCUGCUCGAGUUCCACCGCAGAGAGUACGAGCCCAUCACGGUGCAGCCUAGCGAUUUCUACCCCGAAGCGCCCCUCGCCCUCCUCGACUUCACCCCCAAGCUCCUACACCCCCACCUGCGCAACCCCGACCACAACCUCCGCGACAAGACCUGGGAAACCUUCAACUGGCUGCUCCGCACGCUCUUCCUCCUUCGCGCCCACACCAUCAGCUCCGCGCUGGCCACGCUGGCCCCCGGCGGCGAGCACAUCCUCGACAACCUCGCACCGGGCGUGCACAUCGACCCGGAGCAGCGCACGCGCACGCUGACGGCCGACGAGCUGGUCGAGAUCACGCGGGCGUGGGAGACGUGGCCGUUCCGCAACGAGCUGCUGCAUCUCGAGGAGUAUACGGGCGGCGGGAAGGAGGCCGAGGUCAUGAGUAAUGCGAGUCAUGCGUUUAGAGUGAAGACGCUGAAUUUUGGGAGGUAG